CGCAGCAUGACGUCGCUUGUGUGGUGGCACAUAUUAGCAAGCAGAGUGGCAGUGGCGGACAGAAGAGAAGGGCUUCCCCUGGAUUUUUCUUUUUUUCUUAGUAACACAGAAGCCAGCAAUAAUACCAACAUAAAACACCAGGGAGUCACAGGGGAACUCGGCCGAGCACCCGCUAGUCUCCCAGCUGCUCCUCACUGUGGCUGGCGUGCUCAAACUGGCUCCCUACAGCUAUUGUGACCGGGAGUGGAGAGCGGGAGAAACUGCCGCUGUACAUUCUGGUUAAUGUCGGAUACGCUACACCGCCGUGCGUCCAUCGAGGUGGGGAAACCAUAGUGUACAACUGGAGGAGUACGUCCCUCGUUGCAGGAGGAGUCACUGCCGUGGCUGGCCAAUGGACGUGAUGUUGACAGCAGCCAUGUCAGAAGAGGCUGUGCGUCAAACGCGCAGCCAGAAGAGGGCAAUGGAGAGGGACGGUGUGGGCCUUACCGGUUCUCUGGGAGACAUGGACUCAAAACGGGUCAAGCUGGAGAAAGGGGAUGCUGCCGGAAGUCCCCUGGCCCUGGUCGGGCCCAGAGUGGAGGGUAUCAAACUGAAGAAUGAGCAGUCCACUAAACUGGCAGCCAGCAUCCUAAAGACUGGGGAGGUGAAGGCCACUAUCAAAGUCGAGGUGCAGACCGGGGACGAGCCUGUUGAUAUGAGCACAUCCAAAAGUGAUAUCAAGAGGGAGCGCCAGCCGGCUUCACCGGAUGACGUGAUUGUGUUAUCAGACAACGAGCCAUCCAGUCCCCUCAUGAACGGCCACUGCUUCACCAAGACGGACACGGACAAACUUAUGAAGAGUUCCCCAGAGGAAAGGGAGCAAAUCAUCAAACAGCUCAAAGAAGAACUACGACUCCAGGAAGCCAAGUUGGUACUGCUUAAGAAACUACGACAGAGCCAGAUCCAGAAGGAGAGCACAGCUCAGAAGGCGUCUGGCUCUGUGGCAACUCCACCUCCUCUGGUGAGAGGUAGCAUUACAUCAAGCAAAGGACCCCUCCAGGUGACGGGUCGCAGCUCAGGCACGGUGAUUCCUCCUCCCUUGGUGCGGGGUGGGCAACAUGUUCAAUCCAAACACAACUCUCAGACAGUCAUGCCGCCCUUGGUCAGAGGAGCCCAGAUUAUUACUGUGACUCCCCAGCAGAUCGCCGGAUUGCGCCAGCAACCACAGCAGCACAGCGGUUCAGGCCCUCCUCCUCUUUUGUUGGCUCCUCGGGCCUCCGUGCCCAAUGUUCAGGUGCAAGGGCAGAGAAUCAUUCAACAGGGCCUCAUACGGGUGGCUAAUGUGGCCAACAGUAGCAUCUUGGUCAACAUCCCACAGGCAUCUCCAACUGGCAUGAAGGGCUCGUCAGUGUCACCCAACUCCAGCAUCAAUGACUCACCUGCCAGCCGACAGGCUGCUGCCAAGCUUGCACUCCGUAAGCAGCUGGAAAAGACGCUGCUGGAGAUCCCUCCACCAAAACCCCCUGCCCCCGAGUUUAACUUUUUGCCUUCUGCGGCCAAUAAUGAGUUUAUCUACUUGUUGGGGUUGGAGGAAGUGGUGCAAAAACUCCUGGACAUGCUCGGCAGAGGCAACCUGGGGCCAACAGCUGGCAUGUCCAGCUUAAUUCCCAAAGAACCAUACACCUGCACUCAGUGUAAAACUGAUUUCACCUCCCGUUGGAGGAAAGAGAAGGCCGGGACCAUCCUGUGUAACCAGUGCAUGUCGUCCAAUCAGAAGAAGGCCCUGAAGGCUGAGCACACCAGUCGGCUGAAGGCAGCCUUUGUGAAGGCACUCCAGCAGGAGCAGGAGAUCGAACAACGUAUCCUCCACCAGGCCACCACCUCCUCUGCCACACCCGUCUCCAAAACCACCUCAUCUUCUCCCUCGCUGUCCAAAAGUGAUGUUCUGGUGUCUCAGCAGUACAAGCAGGUCAGGGCUGCCAUGCCGCACAGAUCUGUGACAGGCCACCACUCGGCCAUUAAGCAGCUGCAGAGCGCAGUGACGGCCGCGGCAUUGGGCAACAGGCCAGGUAAGCAUUCAGCAGCACGUCCGCUGCAGCAGGGUGCGAAGGUCAGUGCCAGCAGCAGCAACAGUAACCAGGGCAACGUGGCCUGGAGGAAGCAGAGUAGCAACAAUACAGGCGUCACUAUGGCUUAUGUGAACCCCUCCAGCUUGUCCGCCCACAAGACGAGCUCCUCUGUGGAGCGCCAGCGAGAGUACCUGCUGGACAUGAUCCCCUCCCGCUCCAUCUCCCAGGCAGCAAACACAUGGAAAUAAUGCAGCCUCAGUUUCCUCCAAUUCGCCCCCUUCCCCUUGUAAAAUCUAUGAUAGCCAUUAUGCACCCUCCCAUCUAUAACAUUCUAAUCCUUUCUAUGGACUUCUUUGGACAAAAUGAUGCAGGACGGGAGAGAAACUACCCCCUGUUUGUUUUUGUCUAGAGAGGAACAAGAGUCCUUCCCCAAGUGUGGGAUACAAGGAUCAUGUCCUGUCCAGUUUUCUGGGGGUGGUAAGGGGUUCUCUGCAGCUUAGAUGAGUGGGAAUAGCCUCAGAGUUCCCAAGUGUCUCCUGUCUAUGGAUUAGACAGGGAAAAGAUAUUAAGAUUAUUAUUGUUGUUAUUAUUAUUAUUAUUAUUAGACACAGUAGAGUAUGCGCCUUACCUACCUUCACCACCUGGUGGAAGAACUGCUUUUUGAGGACCAUUGGGAAAACUUCAGCUUUGCAAAAAUUACAAAAAAAGACUGUAAAACUGCACUUCCAGAGAAGUGUGGUGGAUUCUUGUUUGUAUGGCUGAAUGUUUAAGAUUAUGUUUAAGAUCUCCAAGUCAUAUACUGUGUUUUUUCGUUUUAUUUUUUUCUGCGCUCCUCCGUCACUGAAUUACUGCUCACGUUACUGUUGAAGGUGGUUUUACAUCUGCUGGUUUCCACAUUGUGGCCGACUUUUAAAUACUUUUGGUGUUUGAAGAGGAAGAAUAAAGGUAAACAGGUUUCACUGACUAAUGUAGAAAACAUGGAGGGGCUACCCUAAUUGAAUAAUGUACAAAAAAUACAAACCUUCCAAAGAACUAGUGGAGCCCAAAUGGAACUCGUGGAGCCUCCCUGGACAAGACCCAUGAUGAAGGGGGGUGUAUUUGUCAGGAAUGUCAUAUUUGUGACAUGCUUCUUUUUUUUUUUCUUGUUUUGCUUUUAGUCCUUUUUAGGUUGUGGUGCAUUAUUUUUCUUUAGACAAAAACUGUCUCCGCGUUUAUUUAUAGGGUCACCUUAGGAAAGCAUGGUGAAUCUCCACUGCAAAAAAAGGAUCUGUCUGUCAAGAAGCAAUUUUCAGAAUGGCUGCCAAUCAUUCUUUUAACAGUUGAUAUUGCGUAUUGACCAGCCACUGAGCAUCAUACAAAAAGGAGUUCCCACUCUGCCGAGUUCAAUUCUCUUCCUUGGAAACGCCUCUUCAGUCUGGUGGCAAAGAAUGAAGGAAACAGUGGCCCAGGUUGUUUGUGCAUUCCACUAGCUUGACCUCUCAUACUGUAUCAUCACUUCCUGCUUUCAUUUUGGACUUGAGCCUUGCAUCUUUUAGUGACAUCCUAGCUUAUGUCUCAACAUUCCCACAAAUGAACAGCAUCAGUCGGCUGUAUCUUGUGAAUGCCAGCGACAUGAUCCCAAAUGAACCCUGCUGUUGCCACCGUUUGAAGUCAACACCAUUCCGUUUUUAAAGGGGUGGUGGCAGCUCAAAUCCAUACGACAAGGAAAAUUAUGUAUGAGAUGUGUUUUUUGGGAUUUUUUCCCCCUCCCCUGCUCUAUGAAAUAACAAUAAAAAGUAAUUUUAACCCCU